UCAAACAGUUUUGGGUUAUUGUUUUAGAGAUCCUAUCGUGGGGCGAGUAAUUCGACGGCGUCAGUUGAGAUACCCCUCAAAUAGUCGCUGCAUUAACACAUCCCAGCCAGUUUGGCUUGACUUCACCCGCGGAAAUGUUUAUUCAGAUCCUGCUGGUCCUGCUUAUUUCCGGCUACCAAAUCAGGGCCAAGGAAAGCUUUGUGCUCCCCUCUGACCUGGCUCAGUUUCUGGACAGGAUCGGCCGCGUUCAUCGCCUGCAUGCCAUCACCAUAGUUAACAGCGUGGGAUCGGUCAGUCCCAGCUAUCUGGAUGAGCUGCAUCGCGGGCUGAUGCGCAACAUCAGCAAUCACUUUUAUUUGCUGCCGCAGAUGACGGCCACCGAUGAGGAUUUCUCGCCUAUGCGUUUCAGUAGGCUCCAGGAUGAGGAGACUGUGUACUUGGUGUUUGCAAAAGACUCCAUGGAUGCGGUGAUCCAGUUGCAGGCGCAGAGGGCCCGGGGAAGACGUUACUCGAAGACUUUGUUCCUACUAAGAAAGCAGGAGUCAUAUCAGGACUUGGAACGUUUUUUUAAGCUUCUCUGGACGUUGCAGUUUCGUUCCGCUUUGGUAGUGGUGGCCUCAGAAAAGUUCUACCAAAUGGAUCCGUAUCCCACCAUUAGGAUUAUACGAAUGCGGAGAUUAUCAGCCUAUGAUCCGCAUCACCUGUUUCCACCCCCUAAUCGACGAAAUUUUGGAGGGUAUACCAUCCGCUUGCCCGUUCAGCAGGACGUACCGAAUACCUUUUGGUACCAGAAUCGACGGACGAAGGCCUGGCAACUGGAGGGCUUGGGUGGGAUCUUGAUUAACCAGCUGAUGGAGAAUCUAAAUGUGACCUUGGAUAUGUUUCGUUUCGAGGUGAAUGGUUCCUUGUUAAUGAAUAUGACUGCUCUCACGGAUCUGAUUGUGCAGGGCAAGGUGGAACUGAGUCCGCACUUGUACGAUACCCUGCAUCCAAACCACCUGGUGGACUACUCGUAUCCUGCCCAGGUGGCUGAGCGCUGCUUCAUGAUUCCUCUGGACAAUGAAAUUUCAAGGAGUCUUUAUGUGUUUCUGCCAUUUAGUUUCCUCCUGUGGCUGUGUCUGCUAUUCACCUUGUUGAUUGUGGAAUUUGUCUUUGUGCGCCGCCUGAUGCCGGACACCCAUCUGUGGGCGAUAUUGGGCGUGCCAGGUGCUGGUGCAGCCAGAUGUAAAAACAGGAAACCCUGCAGGAGCAUCACUACCUUUCUGAUCCUCGGCGGGAUCUUCAUCUUGGUACAAGCGUAUAGCACCAAACUCACCUCUUUUCUGGCCGUAACGCUCACACGGAGACCAGCCAACAGUUUGGAGGAGCUGUUUCGACUGCCCUAUCGCAUCCUUGUGUUGCCCUCGGAUGUGGAGGCCAUUGUUGCUUCCUUAGGGCAUGCGGAGGAGUUUAGUACAAAAUUCAGCUUUACAAAUCCCCAAACCUUUGAAGACAAGAGAAUCGGCAUGGACCCGGAGUACAUCUACCCAAUUAGCAAAGUUCGCUGGCGUUUUUUCGAUCUGCAGCAACGCUUCCUGCGCAAAAAGCGCUUCUUUUUCUCCGGUAUUUGCCAUGGCUCCUUUCCAUAUCAGUACCAGCUCAGGGUGGACUCACAUCUCAAGGAUGCCCUUCACCGCUUUUUGCUACAUGUCCAGCAGGCCGGGUUGCAAGAAGUUUGGCUGGAGACAUGCUUUCGAAGGGCUCAUCGUAUGGGCUAUUUGAACGACUUCUCCACAUUGGCGGAGCUGGAGGAGAAGCUACGUCUCCGACCGUUGGCCCUCAACUUGCUGGUGCCCGCCUUCAGUCUGUUUCUGUGCGGACUGGUGGGCAGCGGGAUUGCCUUUCUGGUGGAGAUCCGCCAGAGCUUCGGGUGCAGACAAAAGCCACCGCCCACUAACCGCAACCCCGGGGAUUAAUGCAUUCGAAGUAGCUCAUCCUAACCUGAAACCCUAGUCGAUAAAGAACCGAAUAUAAAGUCUAAUCUAAUUUUACGUAUGAUUCACAUUAUUCCCCACAAUCCACAAACGCCACGAAUGAUACCCUAUCGGAUCUAACCAACGAAUCGAAAUUUGCAACCCAUCAUUUACGUAUCCCAUCGAAUCCCAUCCAUCGGUCGUUUAGUCAAG